AUGUCUGUUAUUAACUUUGUUGAGUCAUUAUUAAGGAACGGCCUCGGAAUCCCCCCGACCACCGCAUUUAACAUCGAACGGGCGCACCGUGCCCUGGGAGUAAAACCACCCGUCGGGGCCCCUCCACGGUCCUUCGUGGUCAAGUUUGCAGGUUAUCGCUUAAAAGAGGACAUUCUCAGGCGAGCAUGGCAAGCGAGAGGCUUUGAUUUUCAAGGCAAGAAGGUUUUUUUGGACAAUGACUAUGCCCCCGAAAUACAAAAAAGGCGCAAGGAGUAUACCGCAGCCAAAGCGGCUCUCAGGGAGAAGAACAUACGCUUCCAGACGCCUUUCCCGGCCAGGCUGAGAGUGCAUUACAGCGAAGGCAUUGUUACGUACAACUCUGCACAGGAGGCGACCGAGGAUAUGGUGAAGAGAGGUUUGUCGGUAAACCUUGUCAAAGGCCACACUACGCUGUUGGAGCAGAUAAAACAACGGAUGUGGCAAUCGUACGGUAAAAAAGUGAAUAAAGGGGGCAUGGCCCAGAUGCCAAGUUUCAGAGAGAAGCUCCAGGCAUUCCGACGCCAGAGUGACGACACGGCAUAA